UGAAGCGUUUACAUGUCAUUGGCAAAACCAUAAAAGAAUCGAUUGAGCCAAUGAUUCCGCCAAUUCUGGCUAGACUUGCCUAUGCAACUUCCCGGUUUAAGGAUGAAUACAAUUUAUUGAACGACAUUAUCGAGGCGGCGAUCAGUGAUAUUCAUUUGAGGACUCUAAGUGCAGCCAAAUCGUUUGAUGACAUUAACGAAAAAUUCGGGGCGGAUCGUAAAGUAUUCACUAAUAUUGCUUGUCUAGUAUUAUUCGUGAUAUUAACCGCAUUAAUCUUUAGUCUAGUUUGUGGGUUAUUUGUUCGAAAAAGCAACACUGGAUCUAAUUGCAUGAUAUUUGCCAUCAUAAUCAUAUUUUGCGCAUUUUCGUUCAUAACACUCGUUGCGUUAUUCCAUUAUGUGCUCGGAAUGGUGACAUAUCAAGCAACCUGUAAACGUUUCGAAGAGUUGGAAACUGUCGAAUCGAGUAAAGUUCAAUUCACAGAUACUCUUAAUGCAUGCAGAAAAGAUCAACAUAUUGUUGAUUUGCUGACUGAAAAUCAGUUGUAUGACACAGAUCGUUUAUUGACCGUGGAUAUUGAACAAGACUACGUAGAAACGAAUUGGGUUACGUUUUCGGGAAAUUUAACUGACUUUGUAUUGCUAACAAUAGAAGAGAUUGAUCUGAUAAAUACAACUCUUUAUGACUUAUAUCAAUACCGGGGUAAAUUAUUAACUGAAAACCUGUGCAAAGAUCUAUCGUCUCCACGAAUAAAUAAAAUACACUAUGCCACGUAUAUGUUUAUGUACGAUGUGCUUUACAAAAUACAUCAUUGUGAUGAAUCACAUAACCCCUUGUAUGUAGUUUGUUGUACUGGCAUGUUUGUAGUACGUGAAAUGGAUCAGCUAAAGCUAUUGGAGCAUCCCAUUCAUCAAUUUAUUGAUACUAUUAAGCAGAAGGUGCCAAAACUUGAUGCUCUCCUUGGGACCGACAAGAGGAGUCUCGGUGACACGAUAAAAGUGUUAAUUGACACCAUUAAACACACUGAGAAGUUUAUCAGAGAACGCGGUUCCGAUUUUAUAAAUACGAUUGGCCAGAAUAUAACCAUAUCGAUGCAGGAAAGAGUUGAUCAUCUUCGUAACAUGACGCUAAAUGAAAUUAAACAUAAAGUUGGAUCCUGUGCGCCUCUUGCCUAUAUUCAAGACCGUGGAACCAAAUACGCAUGUCGCCAACUGAUCGAUCCUAUUAAUGGUUUCUGGGUUGGCCUUUUAAUCAGCUCUCUCCUCUUUCUGCCCCUCCUUUUUGUUGCUCAUCGUCUCGUUUGCUUAUAUAGACCAGAAAACGAGGAAAAGCCAGUCGUUUAUCUUGUUCGCUCUGAUGGUUGUCCUACUUGCACGGGUGCUCCAUAUGUACCCCAACCACUUGUCAUCUGCAGUGGAGAAAAGCAGACGAACUGCAAAUGUCUGUUGCCAGAAAACGGCCUGAAUAUAUCUGAUAUGGAAUUUGGGUGCAGCAAGAGUAAGAGAGAUUAAGGAGAAGGUACUGCAGGAUCAGCUCGAUGAACUCUAUGAUUAAGAAGUCAGGAAGACAGUGGGACGUUCAAAUCGAAGUCGAUAUGAAGUUCAUCCCAAGAUCGCCGAUGACCUCAAGUUCUAUAUUAUCUAAGCGUUUAUAUAGCUUUCGCCUUAUUACCAAAAUCUCUCCGAAGGCAUCGAAGAUUAAAAUCGCUUAGAAGAACACAGAAAAUCAUCGAUAACAUAAAGGAGUAGAGUGUUUACUAAAUUCAUGUAUUUUAACAAAAGAUAUGACUCUAGAUGUAAACACAUAAAAAUGUCGGCAUUGUGUUGCCCCACAAUAAAAUUGGCCUAAAGGAUUCGUUGAGCUCUCGUAUCAAUCCCAUGUUGAAGUCAAAUUCAUUGCUAUGCCAAACAACUUUGAACAAACAUUUACAUUUAACAAAUUCAUCUAUCAAAGUU